AGUUGUAGUACUACAUAAAAACAAGUUAAGAGUAAAUACAAACAGUAUCCUCUUUACUCUUAAGAGAGUUCCACUAUGUGGUCAUCAAGUAGUGAAGAACAUCACCACAACCACCAAAACCUUGCAACUAACUCUUCAAAAUCAUCAUCAUCAUCAUCAUCUUAUAGUUAUAAUCAUCCAAUAAAUCCUAUACUAAGUAUAAAUAGUAAAACCAUGGAAGAAGUAUGGAAAGACAUUAAUCUUUCAUGUUCUAGAGAUGCACAAAAUACAAGUGGUAUGGUUUUGCAAGAUUUACUGGCAAGACCCUUUGCUAAUGACCCUUCAACAGCAGCAGUAACAACAGCUUAUGGCUCCCCUGUUCCUCCUCCCCCUGUUACCAUGCUGACAUUGAACUCUGUCCCUGAAUUUCAUUUCUUUAGCAACUUAAACCCAAUCAGACAAACUCAACAAAAACAUAUUUCGAAUGGCGCAUUGGCUUCACCAGAUCCAGGAAGAAAGAGACAUUCUGAAUCAGAUAGUAAUAAUUCUCGUGACCUGAAAAACAAGAGGAUGAUCAAGAACCGUGAGUCUGCUGCUCGAUCCCGCGCUCGAAAGCAGGCUUACACGAAUGAAUUAGAGAUGGAAAUAGCUAAUUUGAUGGAAGAAAAUGCCAGGCUCAAGAGGCAGCAGCAACAGUUAUGCUUAGCUUCUUCAGCUGGUGCUCAACUUCCAAAAAAGAAGUCACUCAAUAGAACAUCAACAGCCCCAUUUUGAGGAAUCUCCAACAAUGAAAUAUGUUUAAUAUAUUAAUCUUUUUUGUGAUUUAGGCAUUUGGAUCAAAUUUGGAAGACAGAAAGUGAUUAUUUUUCUGUACUAGUGUUUUGUCUUCGUUCAUCUAAAACCCUAUUGGUUAGUUCUUGUAAGCUAAGUUUUAAUUAAUUUAAUGUUUGUGUUGACAGACUUUGUUUGGACAAUGAACAGUAAGAAUCUUCUUUGUGUUGCCUAUCACU